UUUCAACCUUGGUCCGGUAUCAUAAAAAGAAUUUAUGAUUAGGGUUUUUCUCUCCCAGAGGUACAGCAACACCGCCAACACAGCUCUCAGCAGCCAUGGUUCUCAAGACAGAACUCUGCCGUUUCAGUGGUGCCAAGAUAUAUCCUGGGAAGGGCAUUAGAUUUGUCCGUGCAGAUUCUCAGGUUUUCUUGUUUGCCAAUUCAAAAUGCAAGAGGUAUUUUCACAACCGUUUGAAACCUUCCAAGCUUACUUGGACUGCUGUGUACAGGAAACAGCACAAGAAGGAUCUUGCACAAGAGGCUGUUAAGAAGAGGAGAAGGACCGCAAAGAAGCCUUACUCUAGAUCUAUUGUUGGUGCAACCUUGGAGGUAAUCCAGAAGAAAAGAAGUGAAAAACCAGAAGUCCGAGAUGCUGCAAGGGAGGCUGCUCUCCGUGAAAUUAAGGAAAGGAUCAAGAAGACAAAAGAUGAAAAGAAGUCCAAGAAGGCAGAGGUGAUGGCCAAGUCGCAGAAGGCAGGGAAGGGUAACAUUCCCAAGGGCGCUGCACCAACAAAAGGUCCUAAGCUUGGUGGAGGUGGUGGAAAACGCUGAGCUCUAUGAUCUUUUUGUUGUUUACAUAUUAAGAGUUAUAGCUGUAAUGUUGUUUGUUUAAUGAUAAGGUUGUGCUAGCCCUUUCAUUUCAGACAUCCCCUUUCCAACGUUACUUAUUCAGAUGAUGAAGACAAUACUAUCUAGUUAAUUAACUUGGUCUUAGAUAUGAUUAAUCUAUCAUUUCACUUGCAGUU